UUCACACUAGCUUUACCACUCCUAGAAGUUACGAGGAAAUUAAAACGAAGGAAAAUAUUGCUAAAGACUUUGUUAUUUUCAAGUAGUUUCCUUUUAUUUUCCUGAUAUCUUCUCGGAUAUUUCCUCAAAUUCACAUAUAGAUUCGCCUCCCUUUAAAUACCCACUAAGUGGUAUUCUAUACAGAUCCAAACCAUUUUAUUUAUUUAUUUAUCUUUGAUCAUAAAAAUUUGGUUGCAGGGUUGCCCUUUUUGUUCUUUAGUUGCUUUCUAACUCCAUCUAUGCAUGUAAAUAUGUACGGAGGUACUCUAAAAUGCACUUGUGAUGCAAGUUUGUUUGUCUUUGUCCAUGGAUCUUGGUUUGUAGGGGGCCUAACUAAGGUCUUUUACUCUUUUUCCCUACUUGAUCGACUUUGUGCUUCCCUGCUUGGAUCUAAUCUGUUCAGGAUAUAUAUAUAUAGUUUUGCAAGGUUUUGUAUAGUUUUAAGCUCAGAUCCGCCUGUACAUGCUCCUCUCCCACCCAUACGAUAUACUAAUGGCUUCAUUAUCAAGGGGAAUUGAAGAGGAAGACAUGGAUGGAAGAGGCUUCAGAUUGGUGUUGCCUGAAGAUGGCUAUGAAUGGAGAAAAUAUGGCCAAAAGUUCAUAAAAAAUAUUGGCAAAUUCAGAAGUUACUUCAAGUGCCAAAGGAGCAAUUGCAGUGCAAAGAAGAGAGCUGAGUGGUCGGCGUCGAAGCCCGGUACUCUUCGAGUAGUGUAUGAGGGGGUACAUACACACGACUUACCGGCAACAGAAUCUGCCUCCUCCGGCCAGUCAGGGACUUCAUCUUCAACUGCAAACCAAUAUGACUUGCUGACACAAGUUUUCGGAGAUCGAUCAUCAACUACUACUUCUCUUCAUGAUGAUCACCCAUGACAAUUGAUCUCCCUUGCCAGUUAAGAACAAUUAAUGAAGGUAUAUAUUUCUGUUUCCUAAUAACAUUAAUCGUGCAGCUGGAACAUGGAUAUAUAUUCUUCACUCAGUUUGUAUAUAUAUAUAUAUAUAUUUUAUUUCCCUUAAAAAAAGAAGGAUCAUCAUCCUUUUUCCACUACUCAUUCAA